CCACAACACCCGGGAAAAGACGGCCCGCGCCCGAGCGCUUAUAGCAUCCAUUGUAUCAGUCAUCAAGACCCAUUCAGGCACUCUGUACGAACCGGGACUCUCCCAGCGGUUUUUAACUUUGAUUUUAUCCAUUUUAAAUCAAUUUUAAUACUUUGUCUCUGUGUAAUUGUUACAAUGCCAGCCAGCACUUCCAUGUCACUGCCAGAGGAUGUCAGGAAAAGGCUACAGGUGCUUGAUGAGGAUGGAGUUUCAGAUGAGGAUCAGGUGAAGGAGAAACUGAACUUGUUGCAGGACUUUCUGAACGCCAACACUCUGGAUCAGCUCAAGAACUUGAAAGAAAGGAUGACUAGUUCUGAGAUUACAAAGGAGGUCUAUCUCUCCAAAGUCAAAGCUGUGUUGGGAAAGGAGUUGUCCCUUGAAAAUGGCUCACAUGUUGAUGGUGUGGAGCAAAACGGGAACUCUAAUGGCCUCACAAAUGGGUCUCAUAAAAUUGAAGACAAUGGUGAUGCAACUAUGGAGGAAGAUGAAUCUGAGCCGCUCAAGUCACCUGGAGCUCCUAAAGGAAAGGGUGGCCGCAAGAGCAAGGCAAACUCUGACUCUAAAAAGUCCCCAGCAAGUUCUAGAGUUACGAGAAAUGGAGGCAAACAACCAACCAUUAUGUCCAUGUUUUCUAAAAUUCAAAAACGCAAGUCUGAAGACUUGAAUGACGAAGCUGUCAAUGGUCAUGAAGAAAAGAAGGAAGAUAAUGACGUUGAAGAGAUUCGUGAGGAAAAGAGGCUUAAAGUAGAUGAUGAUGAUCCAAAACCAGCCCAAGAAUCAAAGCCUGAUGUUACAAAAUCUGUUGCUACUGCAAAGACCCCUCCACCGAAGUGCACAGACUGUCGGCAAUACCUGGAUGACCCUGAUCUGAAAUUCUUCCAAGGGGAUCCAGACAAUGCUCUGGAUGAACCAGAAAUGUUGACAGAUGAGCGACUUUCUCUGUUUGAUUCAAAUGAAGAUGGCUUUGAAAGCUAUGAGGAUCUGCCACAGCACAAAAUCACUAAUUUCAGUGUGUAUGAUAAGCGGGGUCACCUUUGCCCCUUUGAUUCUGGUUUAAUUGAGAAGAAUGUGGAGCUCUACUUCAGCUGUGUCGUCAAACCCAUCUAUGAUGAUAAUCCAUGCAUGGACGGUGGUGUUCCUGCCAAAAAACUAGGGCCUAUAAACUCCUGGUGGAUUACUGGCUUUGAUGGGGGAGAGAAGGCACUUAUUGGUUUCACUACAGCAUUUGCUGAUUACAUCCUAAUGCAACCCAGCGAGGAGUAUGGCCCCAUCUUUGCCCUGAUGCAGGAGAAGAUCUACAUGAGCAAGAUAGUUGUGGAGUUCCUUCAGAAAAACCCUGAUGUCACUUAUGAAGACCUUCUCAACAAGAUCGAGACGACUGUGCCCCCUGCAGGGCUGAACUUUAACUGUUUCACAGAGGACACUUUGCUGCGUCACGCCCAGUUUGUGGUGGAGCAGGUGGAGAGCUAUGAUGAGGCUGGAGACUCAGAUGAGCAGCCAAUCAUUGUGACUCCCUGCAUGAGGGACCUCAUCAAGCUCGCUGGAGUCACUCUUGGCAAAAGGAGAGCAGCUCGGAGACAAGCCAUUCGUCAUCCCACAAAGAUUGAGAAGGACAGCAAAGGCCCAACUAAAGCCACAACCACUAAACUUGUGUACCAGAUCUUUGACGCGUUCUUCUCUGACCAGAUCGAUCAGAAUGAUAAAGAAAAUGGUCCAGUUAAACGUCAGCGCUGUGGCGUCUGUGAGGUUUGCCAAUCUGCUGAUUGUGGAAAGUGUAGCGCCUGUAAAGACAUGAUUAAAUUUGGAGGAAGUGGCAAGAGUAAACAGGCAUGCAAACAAAGAAGAUGCCCCAAUCUGGCUGUUAAAGAAGCUGAAGAUGAUGAAAACAUUGAGGAGGAAGAUGUUCCUGUAGAGAAGACCAAAAAGCCCUCUACAACAAAGAGGAAGAAGCAGAGCCAGUCAAAGCUUUCAUGGAUUGGAGAGCCUAUUAAGGCGGAAGGGAAAAAGCACUAUUACAGGAAAGUCUGUGUGAAUGAUGAGGAGCUGGAGGUGGGAGACUGUGUUUCUGUUUUGUCAGAAGACCCAUCUACUCCUCAGUAUCUGGCCAGGAUCACAUCACUCUGGGAGGCAAAUGGGGAGAAGAUGUUUCAUGCCCACUGGUUUUAUCGAGGGACAAACACUGUGCUGGGGGAGUCAUCGGACCCUCUGGAGCUCGUCAUCGUGGACGAAUGUGAAGACAUGCAGCUCAGCUACAUCCAAGGCAAAGUCAAUGUCAUGUACAAGGCUCCAUCUGAAAACUGGUUCAUGGAGGGUGGCAUGGAUGACGACAUCAAAGUCAUUGAGGAUGACGGCAAAAGUUUCUUCUAUCAGUUUUGGUAUGACACAGACUUUGCCCGGUUUGAAACUCCUCCCAAGACUGUUCCCACAGAAGACUCAAAAUUCAAGUUCUGUAGCAGUUGUGUUAGAAAUAAGGAAAAGGAAGAGCAAGCCACACCUCGUGCAUUUGAACCUUUGGAUAAUGAAGAUGACGAUGCAAAAGCCUUCUAUGCUCUGGCCUGCUUUAAAGGAGAACAGUUCAAAGUGGGAGAUGGUGUUUACCUGCCCCCAGAUGCUUUUAACUUCAGUGUAAAACCAGCCAGUCCAGUGAAGCGCUCUCACAGAAAAGAGGAUGUGGAUGAAGAUCUGUAUCCAGAGUAUUACAGGAAGUCUUCAGAUUACAUCAAGGGCUCAAACCAGGACGCACCGCCACCUUUCCGCAUUGGUCGCAUUAAGGAGAUCUUCUGUCACAGACGCAGCAAUGGCAAACCAGACUCUGCAGAGGUCAAACUGAGACUCUACAAACUCUACAGGCCUGAGAACACUCAUAAAGGAGUGAAGGGCAGUUACCACACAGACAUAAACCAGCUGUACUGGAGUGACGAGGAGGUGACCGUGAGCAUGUCAGAGGUACUGGGUCGCUGUCAGGUGGAGUAUGGAGAGGACCUCACGGAGUCUGUGCAGGAGUAUUCCAGCGCAGGACCUGACCGCUUCUACUUCCUUGAGGCCUACAAUGCCAAAACCAAAAGCUUUGAAGACCCUCCAAAUCAUGCUCGCUCUGCUGUCAACAAAGGAAAAGGGAAGGGCAAAGGGAAAGGUAAAGGCAAAGGAAAAGCAGCUGCAGCACAAGAGGCACAAGAGGCUCAGAGUGGACCCCAGGAGAUCAAACUGCCCAAAUAUCGCACCCUGGAUGUGUUCUCUGGAUGUGGAGGCCUGUCUGAGGGCUUUCAUCAAGCGGGGAUCUCUGAGACCAUGUGGGCCAUAGAGAUGUGGGAGCCUGCUGCUCAGGCCUUCAGACUCAAUAACCCAGGCACCACAGUGUUCACUGAGGACUGUAACGUUUUACUGAAGCUGGUCAUGGCCGGAGAGAAGACCAACUCUUUGGGCCAGAGGCUGCCACAGAAGGGGGACGUGGAGAUGCUCUGUGGAGGGCCUCCAUGCCAAGGCUUCAGUGGCAUGAACCGCUUCAACUCGCGCACCUACUCAAAAUUCAAGAACUCUCUUGUUGUCUCCUACCUGAGUUACUGUGACUACUACCGACCCAGGUUUUUCCUACUUGAGAACGUGAGAAACUUUGUCUCCUUCAAAAGCUCCAUGGUGCUCAAACUGACUCUUCGGUGUCUGGUGCGAAUGGGAUAUCAGUGCACUUUUGGGGUUCUCCAGGCGGGUCAGUACGGUGUGGCUCAGACUCGCAGGAGAGCCAUCAUUUUAGCUGCUGCUCCUGGAGAGAAGCUGCCGCGUUACCCUGAGCCUCUGCAUGUCUUUGCCCCCAGAGCCUGUUCCCUCAAUGUAGUCGUGGAUGAGAAAAAAUAUGUCAGCAAUGUCACUCGAGGUAAUGGUGGAAUCUAUAGGACCAUCACAGUGAGGGACGCCAUGUCGGACCUGCCUGAGAUCAGAAACGGAGCGUCUGCUCUGGAGAUCUCCUACAAUGGGGAGCCCCAGUCCUGGUUCCAGAGACAGAUCAGAGGCACGCAGUAUCAGCCCAUCCUCAGAGACCACAUCUGCAAGGACAUGAGCGCUCUGGUGGAGGGGCGAAUGCGGCACAUCCCCCUGGCCCCCGGCUCUGACUGGAGGGACCUGCCCAACCUGGAGGUGCGACUGAAGGAUGGCACCAUGACUAGGAAACUCCGUUACACGCACGCCGACAAGAAGAACGGACGGAGUGGCACUGGGGCUCUGAGAGGGGUCUGCACAUGUGCAGGAGGCAAGCCAUGCGACCCUGCAGACAGACAGUUCAACACACUGAUCCCCUGGUGUCUGCCUCACACUGGGAACCGCCACAACCACUGGGCUGGACUGUACGGCCGGCUGGAGUGGGAUGGAUUUUUCAGCACCACCGUGACUAAUCCUGAGCCUAUGGGCAAGCAGGGCCGUGUACUGCACCCAGAGCAGCAUAGGGUUGUCAGUGUGAGGGAAUGUGCCCGCUCUCAAGGAUUCCCUGACACUUAUCGCUUUUUUGGAAAUGUCCUGGACAAGCACAGACAGGUUGGAAAUGCAGUGCCCCCUCCUCUGAGCAAAGCCAUAGGUUUGGAGAUCAAAAAGUGUAUUUUGGACAAAAUGAAGGAGGAACAAGGAUCAGAAAACAUCAAACAAGAGAAGAUGGAGGUCUCUGAAUAGUCCCAUGAGGAGGACUGAAUCAGUUCAUGAAUUUUAAUGCUGCCAUUGUUUUAUUCAAGUUGUCAGUCACAUUGUGCUGUAUCAUUCCAGUGUUUUAAAUGUGCUCUUAAUCAUGUGUUUAAAUGUUUGCCUAAUGUGGAUUGUAUGUAGUUUUUAUAAAAUUUCAAUUAAAGCUCUUACGGAAUUCUAAAA